UUUUAAACAAGAUCAAAGUUAAGGAGUCAACUAAAGGGAUGGAUCUCUCUAGGUUUACUUUAAACACUUCAAGAGAAUCUUUAUGAAGAAGAUGGUUAUAUUAUUGUUUGCUUUGAGAAAAAAUAAACAGACAAUUAGUCAAUGUCAAUAGAAGACGUAAUGGCUUUGCUCAUUCCUCGGACCAUUGCAGGAGCAGUGUUCACUUGAUAACAAAGUUUGAAUUUCCCAAAGAAUGUCUUUUCUUUCUUUCCUUUUUAAGUUUUUUGUUGACGUCACUCACGACCUAUUCCACAUCUUGACUCCCAUUGUGUUAUCUCCCCUCUACCUGAUCAAGUGGGGAGCAGAAGGUCUCAUCAACAUGCUCGACUCUUUUUUCCGUGUCCUGCAUUACAUCUUCUUUGGUAUCUUCGGCUUCGAGUGAUACCCGUGUGAACCAGGCUUAAGGGUAUGUGACAGUGUUCUUCCUGUGUGAACCAAGCUUAACGGGAUACGCUAGUUCUCGUUGUGCAAUUUAACACAUUUGUAAUAAGAUUGAACUUUUAAACUAACAGACAUAUCGUUUAGUCCAGGAAAGUUAAAAUCCUUGAGGUAUUAGAGACGUUAGUUUAGAUGGUGAAGUGAGUAACUGGGAACACUAAUUACCAUGAGAUCAGACGCGAGGCACAGACUACACAUUCCUGCUGAUGACGUUUCAGAAGAGGACAUUGAGAAAGAUUUUAACUAUGUGAAAUCUGACGACGACGGACUGGCCCGUGGAAGUUCGCCACGCGACGAUUGGUCCGAUUCCAAUAGCGAGAGGCUUGUUCCUUCCACGAGCUUAGAGGAAGACGGGGACGAAGAUGUUCAGGAAAUGGGAAAAGACAUUAAGGAUGAUAUCAAAUUUGACACGGUCAAUGAGGGUGCGGAAAACAAAGGAAGCUCUUUGGACGGAAACGCCAAGAAAAUAUUUUUGGAAGAAGACCCAAAAGAGAGCGGCAAACAGGAAGACGUUGAAGACAAUGAAGAUGAGCGAGGUAAUGUCGCCGACGAUGAUUUUGAGCAGUUAAAAGCCAUUAGCUCAAGGCUGCAGAACAACGAAGAAGAGAAUUUGCACGCAAGUAAGAAGCUGAACCUUACCGGCAACGAAAGAUUCCACCAGUUGGUCAACGAUUACAAGAUGGAGAAACUCAAGAAGAACGAGGAUAGACUAGCGUCACUGGACGAUGAAAAUAUCGAUCCGCUAGAGACGGGCAAAACUGCAAGCUCCGGUCGUAGCGGGUCCAUCGUUUCUGUUAAAGGCAACCUCUCUCACAGAACCACUGCGCGUGGGAAGAGACCCAAGCUUAACAAAGGUUCGACAACAAAAUCCUUCAAACAGAGUACAUUGUCGAUGAGUAGACCCAAUGAAUUGAACAAACUUCACAAGCAUAGGACUACGUCUGCCAUUGAGGUCAAAAAGAAUAGUUCAGAAUAUGGUAUUGAUGAUGACUCCAUCUCAGAGAUGAUUGGUCAGUCUGGGUCAAGCCACGUGAACAAAACCGCAUUCCUUAUUGAAGAUAAAGGCGUUGACAAAAUUGACGUGCCCAUAUCAGGCAGUACAAACUGGAAUACUCUUAUACACGGACGAAGAGAAGUUAUCAUCGCUGGUUCUGUCAUAGCCAUUGUGGGUAUUCUGGUCUUGGUGUUCUCAAUCAUUCACUUGCUAGUAUUACGAAAAAAAAGGAAGUCUUCGAAUGUCAACAAUAACAGAUAUCAUCGACUUGGUACAGAAGAGGAGAGUGUUGCUAUGAUGAAGCCUCAUCAGCCAGCAGUGUUUAUGUCAUCUGAAGAAUCGACUGACGACGAAGAAAACGACGAAGAAGAUACUCUCUACAUAAGAGGCGGACGUAAAACGUAAAGCAUUGUUUUGAAAAAUGUUAACACGCCUCUGGUAUGCAAAUAGAAGAACAAGCGAUUGAAAACACAUGCAAUAUUUCAAUGAUGUGUAGGGUUAAUAGUACGCUAUGCUUUCAAUGAUGUGUAGGGUUAACAGUACGCUAUGCUUUCGAUGAUCGGGGGCUAAUGUUUUUUAUUCUACAUUUUAUCAUGUGUUACUGUUACCUCCAUACGUCAUGUUUCAUACGUCAUGUUUCAUGAGCAAGUCAUGAAAACUCCAAGAAUGCCUCUGUCAAAUCGCAUGCACCAUAACAUGUUCUACCGCGUUGUUGGUCGCUCGCCCCCGCCCAAGGACAAAGCUUUUUCCACAAGCGUUAGGUAGGCCUAUAUGUUUUUCCUAAGUAGUAUUUAAUUAUAUGUGAAACUGUUCUACAGACUAAAUGCCACAUGAUAAAUGUGUGCAAUGUAGUUAAUGAAUAUAUUUUUGAAUAAAAUAUAUUGUAUUUCUA